UCUCUCUGGUGGGGUUGUGAGUUCGGAAUGGCGGCGAGCGGAGACCGUGGUGGGCAGCAGGCGGGUUGCGGGUAUGACAGCUACCGCUCGCCGCUUGCCUCCCGCUACGCCAGCCCGGAAAUGUGCUUCGUGUUUGGCGAGAGGUACAAGUUCCGGACAUGGCGGCAGCUCUGGGUUUGGCUGGCGGAGGCCGAGCAGACAUUGGGUUUGCCUAUCACAGAUGAACAAAUCCAGGAGAUGAAAUCAAACCUGGACAACAUCGACUUCAAGAUGGCAACUGAGGAAGAGAAACGGUUACGACAUGACGUGAUGGCUCAUGUGCACACGUUUGGCCACUGCUGUCCAAAAGCCGCCGGCAUUAUUCAUCUUGGCGCCACCUCCUGCUAUGUUGGAGACAAUACAGACCUGAUUAUUCUUAGAAAUGCAUUUGACCUGCUUUUGCCAAAGCUUGCCAGAGUGAUCUCUCGGCUUGCUGACUUUGCUAAGGAACAAGCCGAUCUUCCCACCUUAGGUUUCACACAUUUCCAACCUGCUCAGCUGACCACAGUUGGGAAACGUUGCUGUCUUUGGAUUCAAGAUCUUUGCAUGGAUUUCCACAACUUGAAGCGUGUCCGAGAUGACCUGCGCUUCCGAGGAGUGAAGGGCACCACUGGUACUCAGGCCAGCUUCCUGGAGCUCUUCGAGGGAGAUGACCAAAAGGUAGAGCAGCUUGACAAGAUGGUGACAGAGAAGGCAGGAUUUAAGAGGGCUUUCAUCAUCACAGGGCAGACCUAUACACGGAAAGUGGAUAUUGAAGUGCUGUCUGUGCUGGCUAGCUUGGGGGCGUCAGUGCACAAGAUUUGCACUGACUUACGCCUCCUGGCAAACCUCAAGGAGAUGGAGGAACCCUUUGAAAAACAACAGAUUGGCUCGAGUGCGAUGCCAUACAAGCGGAACCCCAUGCGCUCAGAGCGGUGCUGCAGCCUUGCCCGUCACCUGAUGACCCUUAUCAUGGACCCACUGCAGACAGCAUCUGUGCAGUGGUUUGAGCGCACACUGGAUGAUAGUGCCAAUCGACGUGUCUGUUUGUCCGAGGCAUUUCUCACCGCAGAUACUAUAUUGAACACGUUGCAGAACAUUUCUGAAGGAUUGGUGGUAUACCCCAAAGUAAUUGAGCGGCGCAUUCGGCAAGAGCUGCCUUUCAUGGCCACAGAAAACAUCAUCAUGGCCAUGGUGAAAGCUGGGGGUAACCGCCAGGAUUGCCAUGAGAAAAUUAGAGUGCUUUCCCAGCAGGCAGCUGCUGUGGUCAAGCAGGAAGGGGGUGACAAUGACCUCAUGGAGCGUAUCCAGGCCGAUGCCUACUUCAGUCCCAUUCACUCCCAGUUGGACCAGUUACUGCAUCCUCCUUCUUUCACCGGUCGUGCAUCCCAGCAGGUACAGAGAUUCUUAGAAGAGGAGGUAUAUCCCCUGUUAAAACCAUAUAAAAGUGUAAUGAACGUGAAAGCAGAAUUAAAUCUGUAGAGCUGGAAGAGAAUUAAACAAAAAAUCAUUGUUGGCUUUGUUAACUUUUAUUGCCUAGUCAUGAAACCUAUUACUUUAGUGCCCUGUUUUACCCCAAGAAUUGUUAUCUUAAAUAAAUAGAGCACUGUUUUCUUUCCAUGGUACUUUCACAUUUCUCAAGAUUUACAAGGCGGAAAUAAAUUGCAUCAUAGUUGGACUUCAUUUUUCACAGCAACACAAACUUGCAUAAUAAAUGUAGGUCAUAGUUUGCUCUCUGUUCUUUCAA